CCUUCACAUGUCAUGCUGUAAUUUUAGCCGCGUUUCGGGUGUCGAAAGCUCUAGCGAUAAGACGCAAAGACGUCGCAUUUCCAGUUUCUGGGUGUCGUUCAAAGCCGCUACAGAACCAGUGACGUCAUGAUGCGUCGUACCUGCAUUACUUCGUUCACGCCGUUCACCCCCAACCAUACUCACCUUGAGCUUCGAGCCCUCAUAUAUCCCGAAAAGCCACUAAGCUCACACACGCCUCCAGCAUGGCAGAGAUCGCUGCAGUUGCCUACGUAGCUUCCGAGGUUGUUGAGCACACGGCGGAAGCUGGCUAUGCUGCAUACAUCGUCUCUAAGCCAACCCUGCCUUUGAAAGCUACAUUUACGAGAAUAGCUACCGCAUCGGAUGACCACACACGACGCUCAUUAGCACGGUCAAAUCAUACGAUAACUACUAUCAAGAACAAAGCGUAUAUUUUCGGCGGAAAGACCGCGACCAAUACUCUUGCAAGUAACGAUGUACACGCAAUAACUGUUCAGCACUCGGGUCAGCCAGAGAUGGACUAUGGCCUUAUUCCAGCACUUCCAACCCUUGAAGACGGGAGAGUACCUGUUGGACGAACAAAUCACGCAGCAUGUGCCUUUCAUGGAAAUAUCGCUGUAUAUGGAGGGUGCGAUGAGAAAGACCAGCUCAUCGACGAAGAGUCCGCGAUAUGGCUAUUCAGUCCAGAACGAAAGGCCUGGGACUUGCUCACGCCGUCCAGUACUGAAUCUACACCUGGACCACGCCAGAGCGCCCAACUAUUUGCACAAGAAACGCAUGUAAUUUUGUUUGGCGGCAUCGAUCCCUCUGGUUCCACCGCUUCAGAUCUCUGGCAAUUUGAUAUCGCCUCACGCAUCUGGUCUCAGCUUCCCACUGCCCCAGUUGCGACGUCAAAUGCCGCGCUGUUCAACGGUCAGCUUUGGCUGAUCUCUGGCUCAGACCCGAUGAGCAGUCAACUGCAUCAUCUCGAUAUAUCGUCUCCUAGUGAGGAGAUGUCGUGGGAGUCUUUCACUUUCCCCACCAAUCCGAUGGCACCUGGACCUCGUGCUCGGCACGACGGGGCUCUGUUACCUGUUCACACGGGAUAUGGUCGCAACUACUUGAUCUACCUUCUUGGAGCUCGCGAAGACUCUGCAGAGUCUACUCACUCAUACACAUCGGAAGAUUUAAAACAUUCGACCGAAGCCACCCAAUGGAGCGACACAUGGGUCCUGCAGCUUCCUUCCAGUAAUCUCGAGGCUAAAGCUGCGCUUAGUCUCAAAGAAGCGAUCAAGCCCGCGAAGAUCAAAGACGCCAUUCGAUCUGCGCUUGGAGCUGAGACUGGGCACCUUUCGUGGGCGGAAGCGGUGGUGCAAGUACCCUCGGACAAAGAGCUUGAAGAUGCGGAAGGAAAAUUGCAUCCAGGACCGAGGGCAUUCUUUGGCGCGGAUGUGAUGGAAGACGGGAAGAGUCUGGUGUUUUGGGGUGGAGUAGAUGCGAGGGGAGAGAGGGUAGGUGAUGGAUGGAUCAUCAGGUUGGAGUGAAUGGGUGAAUACGAUACACAUCUUCGUAAAUAUUACAACGUCGUUAUUCUACAGACGGGAAGGUUAAGUUCCUAGACGAAUGUUCAGAAAUGGUAGGCACACUAGCCCCCUAUAAACCAUGUAUUGUAUAUCGGGAUGUUGUGAGCAGAAUUACCCACAUGGCACGAGGAUGCAUACACAGAUGCGAGGAGGUAGACAAGCAUCGGACCACUCGCCUUUCUGGAUACUCAUGAUAUAGCACGUCGUAGUCUACUACGCUGUCACAUAAAGCCACACAUAGAGUGUUUUCUG